GGCGGUAGCGGUGGCGGGUGCGGUGGGCUGGGUCCCGGUGCGGUGCGGCUCUCUAGCGCGGGUCUCACUCUUCCGCACCCUGCUCCGGCCUCGACCACGGCGAGCCUGAGCGCGGCGGCGGCCCACGCGCGGCGACGGGGAGAGAUGAGCAGCAACAGCAAUAAGAGAGCUCCAACAACAGCAACCCAGAGACUGAAACAGGACUACCUUCGAAUUAAGAAGGACCCAGUGCCUUACAUCUGUGCUGAGCCUCUCCCUUCCAAUAUUCUUGAAUGGCACUAUGUUGUCCGAGGCCCUGAGAUGACCCCUUAUGAAGGUGGCUAUUAUCACGGAAAACUAAUUUUUCCCAGAGAAUUUCCUUUUAAACCUCCUAGUAUCUAUAUGAUAACUCCCAAUGGAAGAUUCAAGUGCAACACGAGGCUAUGUCUGUCCAUCACGGAUUUCCAUCCGGACACGUGGAACCCAGCCUGGUCCGUCUCCACUAUCCUGACAGGCCUGCUGAGCUUCAUGGUCGAGAAGGGCCCCACCCUAGGCAGCAUAGAGACAUCUGACUUUACGAAAAGACAACUGGCAGCACAAAGUUUAGCGUUUAAUUUAAAAGAUAAAGUCUUCUGUGAAUUAUUCUCUGAAGUGGUGGAGGAAAUUAAACAAAAACAGAAAGCACAAGACGAUAUCAGUGGCAGACCCCAGACUCUCCCCUUACCAGACGUGGUUCCAGACGGGGAGACGCACCACGGCCAGAAUGGGAUUGUACUCCUCAAUGGGCAUGCACCGGGGGCCGGCCCCAACCUGGUCGGGCUGCAGCAGGCCAACCGCCACCAUGGGCUGCUGGGCGGUGCCCUGGCGAACUUGUUUGUUAUAGUGGGCUUUGCAGCCUUCGCCUACACGGUCAAGUACGUGCUGCGGAGCAUCGCACAAGAAUGAGGACACACAUCAGCCACGAUCCACAGCCGCUGCUGAGGGACGCCAGGCGCCAGAGCGAGGCGCGGGCAGGCUGGACACACACUGAGGGCAGGUGGACCCGCCGGACUCCUGGGUUUAGCUUUUUAAAAACCUUAAAAGGAAAUCAAAAACCAAAAUGUGCGAUUCGGAUUUGGAGGAGAUGAGAUUCUCAGCCCCCUCCCCUCACCUGGCGUCUGUUGGGGCUGGCAUGGUUGGCGAGAGCCACGCACACUUUGGUUUUACAGCUUUUAUCCUGUGUUGUCUUCUGGACCCGUUUUAGUAAAUCUGUUUUUCAUUUUAUUAGAUUUGGUCACUUAAAAAUAUAAAACUCAAUGCCUACCAGAUACUCUGUGUGCGUUCUUAGUGGGGCUCCCUGGCUUGUCUGCAGGCAGGAGCUGAAGGCCUGGCGGCAGUGGGUGUUGAGCCAGGCAUGUCGUGACAAGGCUUAGUCGGCAGGGUUGGCUGGCCAGUGACAGCCAUGGUUGGGGAUCUGGGAGAGAUGGGACUUGGUGUCAGUAUUUUAAAAUGUGUUUAUGGUCAGUUAGAAUGAAAUAAAUUCCUUCUAGAAAGA